AUGACUGAUCUCUCUGAAGAUGGUCUCUCUUCUGGGCUAGUGAUGACUGAUAUCUUCUCUGGAGAUGAUCUCUCCUCCGCGCAAGUAAUGACUGAUCUCUCCUCUGCGCAAGUAAUGACUGAUCUCUCCUCCGGCGAUGAUCUCUCCUCCGGUCUAGCAAUGACUGAUCUCUCCUCUGGAGAUGAUCUCUUCUCCGAGCUAGUAAUGACAGAUCUCUCCUCUGGAGAUGAUCUAUUCUCCGAGCUAGUAAUGAGAGAUCUCUCCUCUGGAGAUGAUCUUUUCUCCGAGCUAGUAACGACUGAUCUCUCCUCUGAAGAUGGUCUGUUUUCCGAGAUAGUAAUGACUGAUCUCUCCUCUGAAGAUGAUCUCUUCUCCGAGCUAGUAAUGACAGAACUCUCCUCUGCAGAUGAUCUCUUCUCCGAGUUAGUAAUGACAGAUCUCUCCUCCGGAGAUGGUCUCUUCUCCGAGCUAGAAAUGACUGAUCUCUCCUCUGAAGAUGAUCUCUCCUCCGGCCUAGUAAUGACUGAUCUCUGCACAUGA